AUGUUCUCCAAACUGUUCGGCGGCAACAAAUCGCGCAGUGCGGGCUCGCCGUCGAGUUCGCACUCUGAGCGGGGCUACCCUUCGACGUACGGCGACGGCGGAGUCGCUUCGUAUCCGACGAGCCCGAACGGCAUCGCAGAUGGGUCGCAGUACAACGAAGUGACGUUCGGAGGUGGAGGAGACCUGGCAGACUCGGCACUGUCGAACGCAGGACAGCCUCGACCGUCCACCUCGCAGGACGGCGCUUUCGUAGGCUCGUCCUCGUACUAUCCGCCGCGCCAAUCCGUCGAGUCGUCAUACCCUCCCUUACCUUCUUUCUCUCGCCCUUCGUCGAACGCCUCGGCCUCGACUCGAUACCCGCCUGUGCGCGCUACCUUCGCCCGCCUGCAGACCCUCCUCGACUCGAACUCGCCCGCACUCCUCGAUACCCUCUCUCCUCCUCUCACCCCCGACGACCCAGCACUUGCGUCCCUCCAAGCAGCCAUCGCCCCUUACCGCCUUCCGCAAGCCGUGAUCGACUCGUACCUCCAGGGCCACGACGGCCAGGACCCGCUCGCCUACUUCGGCGGCAGUUCGACUGGCGGCGCAUCAGGCGGCGCUUCACUCGGUGGCCUGGGGCUCAUCUACGGGCUGUGGUGGCUUCCGCUCGAUCGGGUCGAGGAAGAGUGGAGGUUUUGGCGCAGACUGGAGGAAGCAGGUGGACUUUCGGCGGGAUCGGGACUGGGAGGAGACGCAUUCAGCGCGAGUGCGAGCGAGGCGGCAAAGCGGAAGCGGCAUACGGCGCGGACGCACCCUUACGUGCCCGAGGAAGACACGCGCAGUCGGGCUUCGACGUCGAGCGCGGUGCAGGACGAGCGGGGCGUCUCGAUGCAGGGCAUGUCGUCUUUCCCCGACGGAUGGGUGCGGAAACGGUACUCGCAUCCUGGCUGGCUGCCACUCUUGACGGAUCGCUGCGGGAACUACAUCGGCGUCGACCUCGACCCGCUUCCGCCCUCUUCGUCUUCCGGCCCAGCUUCUCCCACCGCUCCUGGCGCGCCCGGCUCUUCCGCUCGGACGUACGGCCAGCCAGGCCAAGUCAUCGCAUUUGGUCGCGAGAUCGACGAGAAGGUCGUUCUCUUCCCCGGCGACGGACCGGGCGGAUGGGCACGCUUCCUCGCUGCUUUCGUCGAAGAUCUGGAGAAGGGCGAAGUUGCACGAGUCGGGGAGCGUCCGAGCGAUGCGAUUGGUGGGCGAGGAGCCAACGGCCGGCGUGCGAGGCGGAGAUGGAGCGAUGACGGGGACAACGAGGAGAGGGGGUCGAGGCGGGAGGCAAGCGGUUCUUCGAGCAGCAGUGGUGACGAGUUUGACGAUUCAGGAGACGGACUUGGCGAAAGGGCGUACUUUGAGACUGGCAUGGACGGCGAGGAGAUUUUUGGGGACACGCCGCGGAACGCACAGACUUGGGUUCUCCGAUCCGAGUAUCGCCGCAUGCUCGCCCAGCUACCGCCUGAAAGCGGCAUCGUCGCGCUUCUUUGCGAGCGCAGCCGGCGGAAAUGGCGGUCGCUCGGUGUCGGGUCGGCUCAGCCUGGGGCAACGCUCAUCCAGCCUGCACCUCGUCGACCUCUCUCUAUCGUCUUGCCGCCUCCUGCGCAGCAGGAGGUCGAUGUCGAGGCAGUCGGUGCUGAGGCGGACCCGGGAGUUGAGGCGGAGCCGAAGUCGACCGCGACGGAGCGACCUCCGCCAGGCCCGUUCGGACCGUCCGAAAAGCAGAGCAAGGAGAAUACUGCGCCGUCGGAUCCCCUCGCCGGGAGCGAGCCGCCUUCUUCCGCCGUUUCUCUCGUCCUCUCGCCUCCCUCUCCCAGCGACUCGACACCUCCCCCCGAUUCCUCAGCCAGCACAUCUCACCUGAUGCGCAACGCCACCCGCUCUCCGCCAAACGGCCACGAUACCCGAUACCUGAGCGACCCGCCCCGCUCGUCACGCGUCCGCCAGCAGCAGCAACCUCGCAAACGAGCUCCUCCUCCUCCACCCGCACCCAUCGAAGUCCCACUCUUCACCGACCUCGACUUUUCCGACGCUCUUCCCUCGCCCGCCCCGGGUCAGAGACCGCAAGUUGCGCCUGGCGCAAGCUGGCUGCUCUCGGACGGACGAGCAGGAGGUGGCAUGCUCAGCCGUCUCAGCAUCAGCUCUCAGCCGAGCGACACCAUCCUCCCGCUCAGUCACAAGUCGUCGAGCGGUGCACUGAAGCACCAGCGGCAACCGUCGCAAGAGACGGUCGCGAGUCUCGCAAACCGCAACUCCAGUCGUACGGCCCUUGUUGGCGAGUCGCCGACCGAUGACAAGCCUGCGAGUGGUGCGAGCGCACUGGAGAGUCCGAUCGAGGAGGUGGAAGUCGUGUCGCAUCGCGACGAGUGA